GGCGUUUUCAUUCGCUCUUUGCCCCGGCACGAGUUGGGAGGUUUCUACCUGUUUGUCUGGACAAGAGAAGAUGUUGCAAGCGAUGCCCAGCUGAGCGGUAGCUGGCCAGGGAUGAAGCGUCCCUUGACCCCCUUCCACUCCCCUGGGAGUGGCAUUUGUGGAAGCCUGGCAGAGAACUCGUGCAUAGAAAGUCCUCCAGAGCAGCGUACAAAGAGAGAGAGAAAGCACCCAUCAUUCACUCUCUGUGAAGUGUGUAAUAUCCAGCUCAAUUCUGCUGUCCAGGCCCAGAUCCAUUUCAAUGGGAAGUCUCAUCAGAAACGCCUCAAACAUCUUAACAAAGGCAAAAUCCUGUCCAGCCCAGGUCCAGCUAAUCACAACAGCUCCCUCUUAGCCUCGCUUCCCAUCCCAGGACGAUCUUUACACCCAUCACUGGAUAUCAAGCAUUUUCUGACUUUCCGCCUCAAUGGCACACCUCCACUCAACCUCUUUCCUAAUUUCAAUACGAUGGAUCCAGUGCAAAAGGCAGUAAUCAACCAUACCUUUGGUGUACCCAAUCCACUUAAGAAGAAGCAGUUCAUCUCUUGUAAUAUUUGCCAUCUGAGAUUCAACUCUGCGAAUCAAGCUGAGGCACAUUACAGAGGCCACAAGCAUGCCCGGAGACUCAAAGCCAUUGAAGCAGUGAAAAAUAAGCACAAGACAGCUGACAAUAGCAGCAGCAGCCAAGAAAAAAUGGCUAACUUUGAAGCUGCACUAGAUAUCAGCAGAGACACCACCACCAACAGCAGCAGAGCACAACCCAGUAGCUUGCUAGGAUUGAGCCAACCAAUGGCAGAACAUUGCAACCUCAUGCUGAUGUCCCCGACAGAGGAAUCACCAGCCAAGAUACCUACUGGCGUCCUGUCCCUGGUGUCCCCAUCAGUUUCAGAGCCCUUGGAAGUUGCUUCAGAUAGUGCAAGUGUGAGACCAGCAGCAGCAGCUGGUAUGGAGAUGCCAGCAACUGAAUCUGGAGGAACCGCCGGCUCAACAGCAGAGGUGGAGAAAGAGGGAAAGAAAAUCAAGCAGCACUUGUACUGUCCCACUUGCAAAGUAACAGUUAACUCUGCCUCUCAGUUGGAGGCUCAUAAUUCUGGAGCAAAGCACAAACUGAUGCUGGAAGGGCAGACUGUUUUGCCAAGGCGAAGCCGAGGGAAGGUUCUCUCUCGAGUAGGACACAAGCCCAAACGGAUUGGCAGCAAGGGCAGCCUCAACAUUCAGAACAAGGCCUUCCAAUGCCAGGUGUGCGAGAUCUUUGUCAACUCUGAGACACAACUCAAACAGCAUAUGAGCAGUAGACGUCACAAAGACAGGCUUGCAGGGAAGCCACCAAAACCCAAAUACAGCCCGUACAGCAAACUGCAGAAGAAUACUGCCCUGGCAGUGAGUAUUCUCAAGUCCAAAGUGGCUCUGCAGAAGCAUCUUACGAAGACCUUGGCUGCCCGGUUCCUGCCAAGUCCCCUGGCACCCGCCACUGUGUGUACUUUGCCCAGCCCAUUAACUCUCCGACCAGCUGCUGCUACCCUCUUCCAAGCACCCAUCUUUGGACCAGCGCUUUUUCGAUCUCCCCCAGGCCCUGUGCGAGCAGCUACAGGGCCCAUUGUUUUUGCCCCUUACUAGAGAAACCCCAAAGGUUGUUUGGGUGGGGAAUUGUAGACCAUAGCUGUACAAAGAAAAUUGGGGAGGGUGGGUAACUUUACAGGGCUGUAUUCUGAACAAAGGAAAAGCCGAAUCUUUGAACUGUUUGAAGUGGAACUUCUUUUGUUUGUUUGUUUGUUUGAGAUUUCCACUUGUGUCAUUAACUAGUUAUACUUGGAAAUAACUUUCCUAUUGUCUGAUUCUCCCACAAUGCACCAAUUUUUCUAACUAGUAGUAUACCUAGAAGCACAAUCUCACUUAUCCAGAUGGUUAUGUGGUAAAGUCAAAAGUAUGCAUUCAAAAUAUCUGUGAACUUAAAAGUAUCUGUCAUUUUAAAACAGAAUUCUAUUAAUUAGGAAUCUAUGUAAUUGGAAUUCCAAAGAGGCUUCUUUUCCAAAAUGCAUGUUUAUGAAAAUCAGAUUUGCAGUUCCUAAUUCAAUUUACAUUCCCCUUCCCACAAUUACAGAUUUAAGGAAAAUACUGAUUGAUAAAUAUGUAUUGUUCUCCUUGUAAGUUACUAAGACAUCCCUAUGUCUCAUAAAGGAACUGAAAUAGGUUUUUGAAUUGAAGGAGAGAAAGGAGAAGAGAAUAUCUGUUUAAGAUAUUCUCCCAAGAGAGAGAAAAUAAGAAAAGUACUGUGAUGUAGGUAGAAAACUGUACGUUGAAGGGUUUUUUUGCUUAUAUAUGGAAUAAGAAUGGGAUUUAAACAAAGAAGGGUAUAGAAAUAGAAUUAUUUCAGAUCUUAAGUCAGCCUUUCCCAGAUGGGUGUCCUUUCAGCUGUAUUGACAAGACCCAGAAUUUUGAGCCAACCUGAGAAUUCUUGUAGUUUCAACAUAACCAAAAGGUACCUGGUGAGGAAGAUUGUCUGGAGGCCAUCUUUAUAGAUAUUAUGGUGUGUAUUGCCUAAGCUGAAGGAGUGGUAAGACUAUGGAACCCUGUAGAAAAUGCACAGUAGGGUUCAUACAUAACUGCCAUGUGUCCUUGAAUAAGUAGGUUUGAAACUACUUAUUUCCCAAUUUCUGUUAUCAUAUUCAUGGUAGUCCAAAGGAAUAAACCACUGCUGGGAUCUACUUAAACCUACUGAAUGAAGAAGAAAGACUGGAGCCAGGAUUUCGAUGGUGAUGUCAUUCAUAGAAAGAUUAAUGUCAGGAAUGUCAAAGUAGUAGAGUUCCAGUUUGAGGACACCUGGAUUUCAUAUUUUAGAAGCAAAAUCCAAAACAUAAAAAGUUACUCUAUUAGAAAUAUGUUACUAAACAUUAGUUCCAAUAUAAUGCUUUUGAAUUUACUGAAUUUAUUACAAAUAUGCAUAUUGCAAUUUUGUGCAAAUGAGCUAAUAUUGCUUACUCUCAGAUAAUAUUGUAUGCUGCAGUUUUCUGCAACUUUUUGGUUGACUGAAAAAAAAAGUACCUAGUUCAUAAAUAUCUAGGACUCUAGUAGUGGGUCAGAGAUUGCUGCCCUAUUUCCCAUUGCAAUGCAUAGGAUGUUGCUGUCACAAACCAAAUUCCACAAGACUGAAAGUUGGAUAAGAUGUAUACACAACAGCCAUUCCCUUCAACAAAUGAAGCAAGCCAUGGAGAAUCUUCCAAUAUUAUUAGUUAUUGGAUAUAGGAGUGUAUUUUUUCACUUGCCUAAGUUAUGGAUAUCAGUCAAAUACAAAGCAUGAACUAAAAUCUAUUGGUUGAAGCUUUCUUCAGUUUUGCUUGCAGCUGUAACAAUCUUAAAAUUAUUAAGAUUAUAACAGAAAAUAAUCUUACGAGAAAUAAGGGAAUUUUUUCGAGGGCAGUUCUUUAGAUUUGGCUCAUUUUAGGAGGAGUUGGUGCCUAUAGUAAUGGGCUGAAUUUAUCAUUACAGUGCUCACUUGUGCAGAUCAAUCUUGAUAUUUGAAAAGAGAGAAAGGUUAUUUGGAGAGAUUUGGCAGAACACUUUUGCUACUCCAGGAAAGAAAAGCAGGGAAUUUUAUCUUAUGUGAGAGACCUCAACUAAGAGGUUUGAACUAUAACAACAGGUGAUGAUUUACCAAAUGCAGGAGGGUAUUUAACUACUUGUUUAGUAGCUGGUUGGUUGUGUCAUCCUGGAAUGAAUGUUCCCUGUUACUUGGCAGAACAUUUCAGACUAUCACUUUACUGUGUGCUGAUAUGUGGCCACAGAAGCAACAGAAUAAAUACAGGAAAAGGAGAGCAGUUAAAAAAUAUAUAUUAUACAACCAAAUAUGAAAGAUUAGGUGGCUCAAGCCAUUUUGAGCUAACAGUAUGAGCAAACUUUGUCGAGAAGUAACUGGCAGAUCCAACAGAAUAUCAGAUUCAAGGUCAUGAGGUUCCUACCCACUUCUUGUUGCCACGCUUUAUCACUUCUGCCAUUAAUUUAGAUCUUUCCUCGUUCCUGUAGUUCUAGAUAUUUGUAUAAGCAAGUCUUCUCUAACUGGCUCUUUUCAGAUGUAUUAAGCCAAACUGUAUGCUGGAUGAAAAUAGUUUUAAGUCCUGACCUAUCUGGGGAGCAUCUUGUUGGGAAGGCAUGUUUAAGCUAAUUGCACCAAAUGUUAAAUACUCUAGAUUGCUUUUCAGGAUUCUGUUUACUUUUUUCCUUUGGAACCCUCAGUUCCUUAAAAUCAGCCUUAAAGCAAACUCAAAAAGACCAUGAUUAUCACACCAGUCUUAUAAACUUUCCAGAGGUAUAUAGUCUGACAAUUAUUGAGGUUCCUCAGUGCCAAUUCUAUUAUAUCAUGUCUCUAAUCACUUUAGCAAGACAUCAUGUGAAGCUAAGUCCCCCCCCCACUUUGAUCCAAUAUUUCAGUAAGUACAAAUCUUAUAAACCUGUCAACUGAAGUACAUCCUAAAUACAAAGCUAACCAGUGGCCAGAGAGUAUUAUUGAAAAGAGCUGAAAUAAAACAAGCAAUUAUUGAUGGCCACAACUAAGUGAUGAAGCAUUCCAAUCUAUGCAAAAUACUAAUGGAAUGAUUGUUAUUUGGUUUCCAGGCCUGUGUUAUGGUUGUUUUGUAUCCAAAAGACAAGGAUGAGAUCUGUGGCCAAAAUCUAUACAUAAAAAACAAAGGCAUUGCUGUCACAGUGAUCUUGCCGUUAUGAAAAAUUCCUUUUCAUUGUAGAAUACUAACAUCCCUUUCUAUUUAUUAGCUAUGGAAAUGUGCCAAUUGGUUUAGCCUGCUGAAACAUAGGUAUUGCCAUGAGAAGCAGUGUACUACUAACUGCCUAAAAAGUGGGAGAUUUUUAGUGCCAGGAUUACAGAGUUGAAGAGGUCUGUCCGAGAACAAGAAGAUUGUCUGUCAGUCUAUUUGCAAUGCAGCCUAGUUACUUUAAAUUAUGUGACAAUAGACACAAAAAUAUUUGUUUUUGAUUUAACAUUUAUAGUUAUGGGAGGUGCACUUGAAACCAUCAAUACUGUGUUUAAGGCAAAUACUUUCCCAAGUGUGAGUGCGGAAUAAUAACUACUUGUAGGAGUAAAAAUGGUUGUUGUCUGAAUAACAAUGAUCUCAAUGAACCCAUGAUCUCAUCAAAGCAUACAACUUGCAAGUCAGCUUUGCAAGUAUGUCUAUAAGAAUGAGGAGAGCAAAGGGUGAAACAAAUAUGUGAUAUUUCAGGGAGAGAAAUUCUGAUAGAUUCAUGAGGGAAAGUGCAAGAUGGUCUAAUGUCCAAAGAUUCAGCUUAAUAUAAUGUAUAUCUUUUCUUGCAAAGUUGGAUUCAUUCUUUAAAAGUGAUUGCUUUCUUUAUCUGUAGAAAAUUGUCAUAAAACUAUUUAUGCUUUUUGGUGAUUUUGUAUUGAACAGUAACUGUUUCCUAAGGCAGUUACGUUCUGGAGGAAAACAUGCAAACCCACUCAGAAUUUAACUAACACCCACAUAAAAUUGCUGUAUAUUCACCAAACCUCUGUUCCAGCUGCUCUUAAAGCUACUUCCUAAGCGCUGUACUUUCCAAUCUGAAACACUCAGUUUGUAGCUGAAGGAAAUUUUGCUAGAUUGCACUAAUUUGUUUAGCUUGCUCAUUUCAAUAUA